CAAUCAAUGAACCCCCCACCCCCAGCAGUUGAAGCAAUCAAUCCCUUAACAAACCUUCUUUACCAAAAUUGAUUUUUUUCAAGUUUUCAAUAAUCAAUACAACGCUUUUCGUACAUGUACCCAUUAUUCUGCAAAUGACAAUAUUCCAAUCCAACAUUUUAUGCUGGAAAGGAUGAUCUAGACCGUCCUGUGAAGGGCGUGGUUCAUGCUUGAAAUUCUCUUUUUAGCUUUUACAUACCCACAACAGAAACAGAAAUAUUGUUCCUUUCUUUCUGUAAUUUUUUAAUGGCUGCUGUACAAUGUACAAAUAAACCGACAGACGGUUUAAACGAAUUAAUAAUGUCAUAACAAAGGCAAACAGUGGCUUUAUACUUGUUUAGAAAGUUCUGUUUGGUAUUAAUUGGGUGAUAAGGAAAGAAUACUCCUAUUCUCCCAAUCUCCCAAUCUCCCAAGUGGGGUUGAGGGUGUUCAGUAUAUCUUCAAUGGGUCUUUCUCGUUGCAGAUUGGUUGCAUUUUUCUUCUUUUUUCCCUUUUUUCUUUGACGUUGCAGGCUUUGUAGCAGUUGCUAGUGACAAGUGAAUCCAGCAUUUCACAAUUCACAUGGAAAUUGUCUUCUGCAAUCGGGUCCUUGCAUUUCUACUAUCUUGUUGGUUACUAGCUUCUGUUGCGCAUUCUGGUAAAAUUAGAGGAGUGAACCUGGGUGGGUGGCUGGUCGUGGAAGGUUGGAUUAAACCUUCUCUGUUCGACGGCAUUCCCAAUGGAGAUAUGCUUGACGGAACGCAGGUGCAGCUCAAAUCAGUGGGUCUGCAGAAAUACGCAAGUGCGGAAAAUGGAGGAGGUAUGGGUGUAACAGUAGACAGAGACAUUCCUUCUUCAUGGGAGACCUUCAGAUUAUGGAGAGUAUCUGACACAGGAUUUCAGUUGCGCUCUUUCAGUGGCCAGUUUCUAACCUGUAAUGGUGAAGGGGAUUCUGUUUUGGCAACAGCAGGAGUACCUUCCACUAGAGAAACAUUUUACAUUGAAAGAAACAAUUACAAUAAUAGUAGUAAAGUUCACAUUAAGCAUGCAAGUGGAAACUACCUCCAGGCUACAUUAGCAAACCAGAUUGCAGCUGAUUAUCCAGGAAAGCCAGGAUGGGAUGAUACAAUGGCCACAUUUGAAAUGAUUAUCAUAGUCAAUAACUUGCAUGGAGAUUACCAGCUUGCUAAUGGGUAUGGACACCAAAAGGCCAAAGAGGUUCUCAUGAGACAUAGAAACAGCUUUGUCACUCCAGCAGAUUUUAGUUUUCUGUCCAGACAUGGGAUAAAUACUGUGAGAAUUCCUGUUGGCUGGUGGAUUGCCCUAGAUCCUAAUCCACCAGCCCCUUUUGUUGGGGGAACUUUGGAAGCUCUUGAUAAUGCAUUCUCAUGGGCACAGGCCUACAACAUAAGGUGCAUAAUUGACCUUCAUGCAGCUCCUGGGUCCCAGAAUGGGAUGGAGCAUAGUGCCAGUAGAGAUGGUUCAACAAAUUGGCCCACAUCUCCAGAAUACAUUUCACAAAGCCUGGAUGUCAUAGAUUUUCUGGCUUCCAGAUAUGCAAAACAUCCUGCUUUUUUGGGCAUUGAGCUUUUGAAUGAGCCAUCUGCCUCUACUGUUCCACUGGAUGUCUUGGUUUCUUACUACUCAAAGGGUUAUCAAAUUGUACGUAAUUACUCAUCCACAGCUUAUGUAAUAAUUUGCCAGAGAAUUGGCAACGCAGAUCCAUUUGAGCUUUAUCAAGCCAAUAUUGGCUCUUCAAACAUUGUGGUGGAUUUGCACUACUACAACCUCUUUGACACUUUUUUCAGUAAUAUGAGUGCUAUGGAUAACAUUCAGUUCAUAUACAAGAGCCGGAAGACUCAAUUACAGGAACUAGAUAGUGCAAAUGGCCUGCUUGUCUUUGUUGGGGAAUGGGUGAAUGAAUGGAAUGUGGCAAGUGGAUCUCAGCUGGCUUAUCAAGAAUUUGGGAGGGCCCAAUUAGAGGUAUAUAAUGCAGCUUCUUUUGGAUGGGCAUAUUGGACACUUAAGAAUGACAGAAAGCAUUGGGAUUUUGAAUGGAAUAUCAGAAAUAAGUAUCUCCAAUUAGGUGUUUCAUCAAAGAAAAAAAUUUCAAACGGUUUUCAUUUACUUGCAUUGGCUUGUGGGUCUUUUUAUUUGCUUUACAUAUUGUGACAGACAACAAUGAAGUUGCCCUACCAGUUCAGAACAAGAAAGAUUUACAAUGACCAUGUUUUCUCCUUCCUAGCUCAUCAUUGUUGGAGGACAAUCCUCUAUGCUGCUUACAAUGCCUCGUCAGCUCAGAAUAAAAGGGAGAUUUAUAAUGUUUCUGUUCAGUCCUUCAUAGUUCAUUGUAUUGGGAGAAAUAAUCCUCCUCAUCAUUAUAAGUGGUUCCAAUAAUCUCAGGGAGCAGAUUUGGAGCAGCCCUAUAAUCAUUGAGGCUCAUGUUACAUUCAAUCUUGUUAUAUGUAAAAUAGAAAAAGUCCAGUCUGGUAAUUGCUUCCUGAGUUUUGUCGAAUGUAAAUCUUCUGUUGUCAAUUUGUUGUCUAUCAUUCAUUUUUACAAGUAGAAUGUAAACUUUCUUGACCUGGCCACCUGGCAAUGGGAGAAAUAAUCCAAGAAAAAGAUGCAACCAGAAAACACGAAGAAACCUUCCAAGUGGUGUG